GUGAAUCAAGCGCCAUAGUCACCGUAGUCCUGGCGACUGUUACCCAUCAACAACAACCGCUCCUCUCCUCCUCCUCCUCCUCCUGCUGCUGCUCCUCACCACCCCCAUCCUCACCCCCUUCCUCACCAUCACCCACAACAACAACAUCCACCAGCAAGAGCAACAACAACAGCAACACCACAGCCCUGCACAGCCCAGAGACCACGAUGCAGACAUCAGAGACUGUGUCGGACACAGGUUCAACAGUGACUUUACAGACAUCUGUGGCUGGCCAGGCAGCAGUGCCCACGCAGGUAGUACAGCAAGUACCAGUACAGCAGCAGGUACAGCAGGUGCAGACCGUGCAGCAGGUACAGCAUGUCUACCCAGCACAGGUGCAGUAUGUGGAGGGAAGUGACACGGUCUACACAAAUGGAGCUAUCCGAACAACAACUUACCCUUACACAGAAACCCAGAUGUAUAGCCAAAACACCGGGGGGAAUUACUUUGAUACGCAAGGAGGUUCUGCACAAGUGACAACAGUGGUCUCAUCUCAUAGUAUGGUGGGCUCUGGAGGGAUUCAAAUGGGUGUCACAGGAGGACAACUCAUCAGCAGCUCUGGAGGGACCUAUCUGAUUGGCAAUUCAAUGGAAAAUUCUGCUCAUUCAGUGACUCAUACAAUGCGGGCCUCCCCAGCUACAAUUGAAAUGGCGAUUGAGACACUGCAAAAGUCUGAUGGUCUGUCCACUCACAGAAGCUCUCUUCUCAACAGCCAUCUCCAGUGGCUCUUAGACAACUAUGAAACAGCAGAAGGAGUCAGUCUCCCCAGAAGUACGCUUUAUAAUCAUUACUUACGACACUGUCAGGAGCACAAGUUGGACCCAGUCAAUGCUGCCUCCUUUGGAAAACUCAUAAGGUCAAUUUUCAUGGGGCUACGGACCAGGAGACUAGGAACCAGGGGGAACUCCAAAUAUCAUUACUAUGGGAUUCGUGUCAAGCCAGAUUCUCCUCUUAAUCGGCUACAAGAGGACAUGCAAUAUAUGGCUAUGAGACAACAACCCAUGCAGCAGAAACAGAGGUACAAGCCUAUGCAGAAAGUGGAUGGAGUUGCAGAUGGUUUCACAGGAAGUGGUCAGCAGACAGGCACAUCUGUUGAGCAAACUGUAAUUGCCCAAAGUCAACAUCAUCAACAGUUUUUGGAUGCAUCUCGAGUACUUCCAGAGUUUGGAGAAGUUGAAAUAUCUUCUUUGCCAGAUGGUACUACGUUUGAGGAUAUCAAAUCACUGCAGAGUCUUUAUAGAGAGCACUGUGAGGCAAUAUUGGAUGUUGUAGUGAAUCUUCAGUUUAGCCUGAUAGAAAAAUUGUGGCAAACGUUCUGGCGCUAUUCUCCCUCCACUCAAGCUGAUGGCACUGCUAUUAGUGAACCGAGCAAUCUGAGUGAAAUAGAAAGUCGACUUCCGAAAGCAAAGCUGAUUACUCUGUGCAAAAAUGAGACUAUUCUGAAAUGGAUGUGUAACUGUGACCAUGUGAUGUACCAGGCUUUGGUGGAGAUUCUCAUUCCUGACGUCCUUAGACCUAUUCCUAGUGCCUUGACCCAAGCCAUUCGCAAUUUUGCAAAAAGCCUUGAAGGUUGGCUUUCCAAUGCCAUGAACAAUAUUCCACAGAGAAUGAUACAAACCAAGGUUGCCGCUGUAAGUGCCUUUGCCCAGACUCUGCGAAGAUACACAUCUCUUAAUCACCUGGCUCAGGCAGCUCGUGCUGUGCUUCAGAACACUUCUCAAAUCAACCAGAUGCUCAAUGACCUCAACCGUGUUGAUUUUGCCAAUGUCCAGGAGCAGGCUUCCUGGGUAUGCCAGUGUGAUGACAACAUGGUUCAGAGACUAGAAACCGACUUCAAGAUGACUCUUCAGCAGCAGAGCACUCUGGAGCAGUGGGCUGCCUGGCUCGAUAACGUAAUGAUGCAAGCAUUGAAACCAUAUGAAGGAAGACCCAGCUUUCCUAAAGCAGCACGGCAAUUUCUGCUAAAAUGGUCUUUCUACAGCUCAAUGGUUAUUCGAGACUUAACCUUGCGCAGUGCUGCUAGCUUUGGCUCUUUUCAUCUGAUCCGCCUGCUUUAUGAUGAGUACAUGUUUUACUUAGUAGAACAUCGUGUUGCUCAGGCAACAGGAGAAACACCUAUAGCAGUUAUGGGAGAGUUUGGCGACUUAAAUGCUGUUUCCCCUGGAAAUAUGGAUAAAGAUGAGGGCAGUGAAGUUGAAAGCGAAAUAGAUGAAGAGCUAGAGGAAUCUGGAGAGCCACAAGCCAAGAGAGAGAAAACAGAGCUAACCCAGGCAUUUCAGGUGGGCUGCAUGCAGCCAGUACUAGAGAGUGGAGUACAGCAGAACCUCCUGACCCCACUUCACAAUGAGCACAUUGUCACAAGUACUCAGACUAUCAGACAAUGCAGUGCUACUGGAAAUACAUAUACUGCAGUCUAA